AGCACCAGUUCUACCACAAGUGGGCCAUCCUGUCGGACCCCGAGGACCUCACGGCGGGGCUCAAGGGCUACCUCAAGUGUGACAUCGCCGUGGUGGGCAAGGGGGACAACAUCAAGACCCCCCACAAGGCCAACGAGACGGACGAGGACGACAUCGAGGGGAACCUGCUGCUCCCCGACGGGGUGCCCCCGGAGCGGCAGUGGGCUCGCUUCUACGUCAAGGUGUACCGGGCUGAGGGGCUGCCCAGGAUGAACACCAGCAUCAUGGCCAACGUCAAGAAGGCCCUGAUCGGGGAGAACAAGGACCUGGUGGAUCCCUACGUGCAGGUGGCGUUUGCGGGGCAGAAG